GCCUGAAUGUUUCGGCGCCUGCGCAGAUUGGGGAACGUUCUGGAAGACAGCGGAGCUGCCGCCAUUUUGCGGGAAGAGGAGCGGCUCCGAUUGUAGUGGGGCUCUUACUGCUGAGUAUCUGGAAGGGAGCCGUGCUUCGCGUCCCCCGACACACCCAAAGGAACGGAGGGAACCGGGACCCCCCCCGCCCUGCGGGGACCCGGAACUGAUCUGCUACAAUGGCGUCCGAUGACUUUGAUAUAGUGAUUGAGGCCAUGCUGGAGGCUCCCUAUAAAAAAGAGGAGGAUGAGCAGCAAACUAACGAGGUUGAAAAGGAGAGCCCUAGUAACACCACCAACAGCACCAGCCGUACCGGCAGCAGUGGCAGUGGCACCAGUGGGAGCAGCGCCAGUGGGGAGGCAAGCAAGAAGAAGAGGAGUCGGAGCCAUAGUAAAAGCAGGGAUAGAAAACGCAGUCGUAGUCGAGACCGUCAUAGGCGGAGAAGCAGUCGGAGCCGGAGUCGAGAUCGGCAGCGUCGUCACCGCAGCCGUAGCUGGGAUCGUCGACAUAGUAGUGAGUCACGAAGUCGAGACCGACGUCGUGAGGAUCGUGUGCGCUACAGGAGUCCACCGCUUGCCACUGGGCGUAGGUAUGGACACAGUAAGAGUCCUCAUUUCCGAGAGAAGAGCCCAGUCAGGGAGCCAGUUGAUACUCUGAGUCCUGAGGAGCGGGAUGCCCGCACGGUGUUCUGUAUGCAGUUAGCUGCCCGCAUUCGGCCUCGAGACCUGGAGGACUUUUUCUCGGCUGUUGGCAAGGUUCGAGAUGUACGUAUCAUCUCAGAUCGGAACUCACGUCGUUCUAAGGGCAUUGCCUAUGUGGAAUUCUGUGAGAUCCAGUCUGUGCCGCUGGCCAUUGGGCUGACCGGGCAGCGGCUGCUGGGAGUGCCUAUCAUUGUACAGGCCUCACAGGCUGAGAAAAACCGACUGGCAGCCAUGGCCAACAACCUGCAGAAGGGCAGUGGUGGACCAAUGCGCCUCUUUGUGGGCUCCCUGCACUUCAAUAUCACCGAGGACAUGCUCCGGGGCAUCUUUGAGCCCUUUGGCAAAAUUGAUAAUAUUGUCCUGAUGAAGGACUCAGAUACAGGCCGCUCUAAAGGUUAUGGUUUUAUUACGUUCUCUGACUCUGAGUGUGCCCGCCGGGCCCUGGAACAGUUGAAUGGCUUUGAGCUUGCUGGUCGGCCUAUGAGGGUUGGCCAUGUGACCGAGCGACUGGAUGGUGGCACAGACAUCACUUUUCCUGACGGAGACCAGGAGCUGGAUCUGGGAUCAGCGGGUGGACGUUUGCAGCUCAUGGCCAAAUUGGCAGAAGGCUCUGGAAUCCAGCUGCCGACCACCGCUGCUGCUGCCCAAGCUGCUGCCUUGCAACUGAAUGGAGCAGUUCCUUUGGGGGCCCUGAACCCAGCGGCUUUGACUGCUCUGAGUCCGGCCCUGAACCUCGCCUCCCAGGCAAUCGCCUCCCAGUGCUUCCAGCUUUCCAGCCUCUUUACCCCCCAAACCAUGUGAGUCUCAAGGCCCAGCUCAUUUCAGUGUUCACAGUUCCUUUCUUUCCUCCGGCUUCCCGUUUACAUCUUCUCCAUGCCACAGGUAAUGAGUGGCGCAGUCCACUGCCUCCCUCUGCCUCUGGGUCCUGCCACUCCCUUCUCCACGUCUACCCUUCCAUGGCCCCUUCUCUCCAUUCUGUGGACCAAACCAUCCUGAGGGUGUGAACAUUGACGGUGGGGGAACUGGGACCCCCCUCGGACACCAAGGAGAGCUCCUGCCCACCGCAGCCGCAGUGGGAAUGGACCCUGGUGAGCAAAGCUGCCAGUUGAAGAGAACAGAAUCUGCACUUGCAUUGAACAUCUGUUUCUCUGUGUUGAUCGUCUCCUGGGAUGACCUUCCUUGCCCUUUCCAACCACCUCUUACUGAUUCCUUGAUUCCUCCCCCAUUGGGAAGGCCAUAGGGCAUUAACUGAAGGAACUAACCGCUCUCUGCCUGCCUGUACCUUUACCCUACAAUCUGUCACGGAAAACCUUUAAGACCUCUGGUCUGUGAGGACUUUGGAGUUUGAGGGAGUGAACCUUGAAAGUGCUGGCUUGCUGCUACAAGGGCCCUGGAAGAUAGCACGGACAUGUGCGUUGGGAAGCCUGCCUUAAACCUUAGCUUGGGGCCAGAACUGCUACUGUGGGCUCAACAUCUUGCUGGGAGGUGUGGGAAUGAUCUCUCCUGCCAGCCGUUUUGGAUGUCUUAGGGGCAUUUGGGAGUUCAGUGAAAGGUGGGGUACCUUUCUGUUAUCUUCCAUCUUCCUUUGUGUAGUUGUCCUUCCUUUGGCCCAGGGUGGGAGGAUGGAGGGGAGGCUGCUUCUCUCCACCACUUCCAUGUGCCUCUGGAGACUGGGGGCUCAAGCCCAGCUGGGCACACGUGAGUCUUUCUCACUGUAUUUUAUACCCUUGUGUCUGUGUACAUAAAUAUAAAUAUAUAUAUAUAAACUUUGUACAAAAGGCAGGUCCCACAGUUGUGGCGGCAGCUGCCCAUGUGUGUGGUCUCGGUCCAGUGGUGUGUCUGUCUGACGUUAACUUAUCCUGAGCCAAAACCACGAAUGGUUCUAGGGAUAUAAAACAUUUGUAAUGCCA